AUGAUCGCACUUCCCUAUGUAUUUCUGAAAAGGGUUUCUAUCAUACAGAUGUCGCUAUAUGAAAGUCACCAACAAUAAUAAAAUAAAUACUAAAUAUAGGGACUUUAUUGUAUAGAAAAAUAAUAUUUAUAUAUAAUAAACAUUUAAAAACUUAUCAAUAUAGUACUAUUUUAGGAUAUAAUAUUAUUUCUUUAUACAGUUUAAAAGUUUAUAAGUUUAAAUAUAAUUUAUAAGUUUAAAAACUUAUAAGUUUUAAAAUUAUUCAUUUCAAUUCAUUUCAAUAGUCAUUCAAUCAUAAUUUAUUACAUAAAACAUUUUAUCUUCAAAAUUUAAUAUAAACAUUAAUUUAAAAUAUAUUUAUAUUUUUUCAUAAUACAUUAUGAAGUUUAUUUAAUAAAAUACAUUUGUAUACAGCGAUUUUAAUUUCAAUAAGUAAGGCAUCAAAUUCAAUUUAUUUAAUUUUAAUAAUAAUUUCAAUAUUUUUAAUUGAGUUAUUUCGAAAUAUUUACAUUACGUCAUAUUUUACUUUUUUUUAUCAUUACGUGUUUAUCUUUAUUAAAAUAUUUUUAUUAUUAUUUUUUUCUUGGAACUUUGAACUGUGUUGAUACGAAUUCAUUCAUCUAGUUAACAAAACGAAACGAAUUAUUUAAAAAUUAUAUUUGUAAAAAGAUGUUUGCCAAUUACUUUAGAACAUUUCGAAUUGGAAAUGCAAAUAAAGUAAGUAUUAAAAGCUUCUACCUUUUUGAUGUUCGUUUGUUUGAAUCAUUAACCAAUUGAUCAAUAUUCAUCUAUUUUAUAUUAAUUUGGAUUUAAUUUUGAGUAUAAGCAUAAUAUUUCUUAAAAUUUUUUCAAAAUGUAAAAAGUUUUUAUUCAUAAAAAAUACAAAAACAUUAAUAUGAAGAUAUUAAUUUUAUAAAAAAUUCCAUAUUUUUAUAAGUUAACAUAAUAAAAACAAAUGAGAUAUUUAAAACAAUACUAUAAAUUAUUCUUUUUAAAAAAUAUUAAUAUUUAAUUAAUUUAUUAUUUCAGUAUGGGUUAUUGGCACGUUAUGAAUCUACGUUAGUCAUUGCAGAACAUAAUAAUGAAUCAUUAUCACCUAUCACUUGUAAUACAUUAAAUGCAGCGAAAAAAAUUGGUGGUGAUAUAACAAUCUUAGUUGCUGGUACUAAUUGUAAUGCAGUUGCAGAAAGUGUUAGUAAAGCUAAUGGUGUAUCCAAAGUUUUAAUAGCAGAUAAUGAUGCUUUUAAAGGAUUUCUUCCAGAAGCAUUAACACCUCUUAUUCUUGCCCUUCAAAAUGAACAUAAAUUUAGUCAUAUUUUAACAGGUGCCACUGCGUUUGGUAAAGCACUACUGCCAAGAAUUGCAGCUAAAUUAGAUGUAUCUCCAGUAAGUGACAUUAUUGGUAUUAAAGCAGCAGAUACAUUCAUCCGUACAAUUUAUGCAGGAAAUGCAAUUCAAACAUUGAAGUGUAAAGAUAAUGUAAAAGUAGUUUCAGUGAGAGGUACUGCAUUUGAAGCAACAUCUUUGGAAGGAGGAACUGCCAAGUGUGAACCUGCACCAGCUGGAGAUUACAAGUCUCAGUUAAUAGAAUUUAUUAAGCAAGAGUUAUCUAAAUCAGAUAGACCAGAAUUAACAUCUGCAAAGGUUGUUAUAUCUGGAGGAAGAGGAAUGAAGUCUGGUGAAAAUUUCAAAUUAUUAUAUAGUUUAGCAGAUAAACUUAAUGCUGCAGUUGGUGCAUCUCGUGCUGCUGUUGAUGCUGGUUUUGUGCCUAAUGAUUUACAAGUGGGACAAACAGGAAAAAUUGUUGCUCCAGAUUUGUAUAUUGCUGUUGGUAUCUCUGGAGCAAUUCAACACCUUGCUGGUAUGAAAGACUCAAAGACUAUUGUCGCAAUUAAUAAAGAUCCAGAAGCACCAAUCUUCCAAGUAGCUGAUUAUGGCUUAGUUGCUGAUUUAUUUAAUGCUGUUCCUGAACUUACAGAAAAAUUAUGUGGAAAUUCGACAAUAAUUUUAUCAUGAGUAUGGACAGUAUUGAAAAAUUAUACAAAAAUUUUGGCAUUUUGGCUGAUGCCAAAGACAAAUUGGCUGAGCAUGAAAAAGAAUACUUAGAAAUUUUAACAGCAGUGAAAGGAUCACCUAAAGAGAAACGAUUAGCAUCACAAUUUAUUGCAAGGUUUUUUAAAUAUUUUCCAAAAUUGGCCGAUCAAGCUAUAGAUGCUCAUUUAGAUCUGUGUGAAGAUGAGGAUAUGGCUAUAAGGAAACAAGCAAUUAAAGAUUUGCCAGCACUAUGUAAAGAUAAUAAAGAACAUACGGCUAGAAUUGCAGACAUUUUAGCUCAAUUACUUCAAGCUCAAGAUCCAUCUGAAUUAGCUGUAGUUCAUAACAGUGUUAUGUCUCUUAUGAAAACUGAUCCAAGAGGAACAAUAAGUGGAUUUUUUAGCCAAAUAAUCAAUGGUGAUGAUGGAACACGAGAACGCUGCAUUAAGUUCCUAGCAACAAAAUUAAAAGCGAUAGGUCAUGAUGUUAUUACUAAAGAACCUGAAGAUCUUUUAAUUUCAGAAUGCAAAAAAGUGUUGCAGGAUGUCACUGCUGAUGAAUUCCACAGUAUUAUGGAAGUUCUUGCAUGGACUAGAUUAGGUUCAACAAUUAGUGGACAGCAAGAAUUAGUAGAUAUUACAGUUGAACAAGCUGAAUUAUCUGAACCAUUCAAGCAUACUAAUGUCGAACAAUGGAACAGGCUUGUACAAUGUAUUAAACAUGCACUCCCAUUCUUUAGUUCUCAAAUAGAUUCAUCGCGAUUUGUUUCUUAUAUUUGUAUACAAGUUUUACCGCAUCUUUCUUUAAUUACUUCACCUGAUGGAAGAGAUGUACAAUUGGAAUUAUUAAAGCUUCUUGCCGAAUUAGCUGUAUUUUGUGGAACAAUUGAUAAGCCAGAAGAAAAAGUACAACAACUUUAUAAUACUCUCAUUACAUAUAUGCCACUACCUCCAGUCACAGAAAUAACAGAAGUACCAAAAUUACAAUUUAGUCACGUUGAAUGUCUCAUGUAUGCUUUUCACAAAUUGUGUAAACAAACCCCAGAAUUUUUAAUGAAGGAUCCAGAACAGCUUAAGGAAUUUAGACUAAGAUUACAGUAUUUUGCACGUGGUAUUCAAGGUUAUAUAAAAAAAUUACGCGAGGCAAUUAGCGGAAAAUCGGAAGAAGAAUUGAAGUCAGAGGAGAAUCAAUUAAAAGUUGUUGCUUUGAAAACAACGAAUAAUAUUAAUACUUUAAUUAAAGAUUUGUUUCAUUCACCACCUAGUUUUAAAAGUGUCAUACAUCUUUCUUGGAAAACAACAGCUAAUGAUAAAAAGAAUGAAAAACAUUCUUCUACCCAAAAAAGACAUACACCCAUUACAUUUGGAAAUGAUAGUAAUUCAAAUAAACGAAGCAAAGAGGAUAAGAGCAAAAGAGAAUUGUAUACUCCUCCUAGUGGAAAAUACAGUUCAAACAUAUCAUCAAAUUAUGGUCGAGGUAGAUUUAGAGGAAAUAGAUCAGGUGGUCGAGGUGGUUAUAGACCAAGAGGUCGUGGAACAUGGAGAAAAAAUUUUUACUAAUUGUCUAACUGCUUAAAUUAACUGAUGAAAUAAUAAAAGCUGCAAUAAUAUAAAAGACUAAAUCAGGCCUGUAAAAUGUACAUAUAAAAAUGAAGAAUGUAAAAGUGAUUAUUUACAGAAAGUGCUUUUUUAAAAGAAGUGACAAAGAAAAUACAAUUUUUGUUUUAUAAAUCUUAGUGUAAAAAAAGUGUUUUUUGUGAAAGCUUUAAGUACAUAUACUUCAAAUAUAAAAUUGUAAGAAUCAAUUAUUUGCUAAACACAGUGGUAAUCAUUGUCAUAAUGAAAUAUUGACAUUUGAAGAAGAGAACAUUGGUGUGAAAUAUUGUAUUAAUGGUGUUAUAAGCCUUGACCUCUUUUCUAAUAUACGUUAUUAAACUGGAAAAUACAAUUUGGAAAACCUGAGUUUGGAAAAAGUGAACAAGUAUGUGGAAAAAAAGUGGGAAGAAUAUCACAAAUUUUACGAAGUGUUUAGUACAAAACUUAAUCAGAUACCUUAACAGACAAUAUAAUAUAAAUAAAAUAAUGAAGAGAAAACAGUGUGAGGACACAAUACGUGAAUCAUUUGAAAUGAUUGAAAAGAUACCAGAUGUCACAACAAAAAAUUCCAUCUAUUUGAUAUAGAAUGUUUACAAAUCUAUAUUGUCUAUGACUGGUUUGUGCUAUGACAUGGAUACUUGUGUUAUACGUAUUUGCAAAAGACAGGCAAUUUGUUUUGCCAUGAUAAUUUUGGACGUUAAAAUAGUAUCAAAAUGUAUUUCCCUAUCUCCUAGUUCUUCCUAUUCCUUUCUCUUGAUUAUAUCUAUUUUCUUCUGUCAACAGGAAGUGCAAGAUCAUAGCAAUCAAAGGGACGCCAGCGGACUGUCUGAUCUUGGGAGAAUAACGAAAUCAAAGAAACUUUUAAAGACAGCUUUUCUAAAUUAUAAAUUAUUUGUAUUUAUAAAUUUAUCUUUUAUUUACUAACUGUUUUUUUGUUUUUCAAUCACAUGGAUAAUGUUCUCUUAUUAAAAUGAUUAAGUACAAUGUAGGAAAAUAAUAUAAAGAUUAACAUAAAAUUAUAAAAUUAUUUAUUGAAUAAUGCAAAUGAAAAAGGCGAUUUCGCACAUCAAAAAGUUUCUUUGAUUACAUAAUAAUAAAGAUGUAUUUAUUGUAUAAAUAUUAUCUUGCAGAUAAGAUGAUGCAAUGAUUGCUGACAAUGGGUGGCAAAGCAGAACAAAAAUAUAAUCAUUUUUUGAUUACAGGUUGUAGGAGGUUCGAGGAGAAAACUCACAAGAAAUGAUUAUAAUAUAUUUUUUUCCAGGACCCAAAGCAUGGUUGUAUAUUGUCUUUUAUUUAUAUAUUGAUGGUAGCUGUUUUGUAAGGUGAGUUUCAAAACAUUGUGUCCUUUUCCUAUCCACCAUUGAAUAAAAAUUGUGUAAUAAUUAACUAAUAAUUAUAAUUCAUGAAUAUAUUAUCAUUUAAUUUAAUAAAUAAUACUAUUGCAUAAUAUGUUGUAUUUUUUAUGCCCAAUAUCGAAUGGCUAAUUAAAGAUAUUUGUAAGAAAGUUAUAGUUACUGAAUAUUUAUGUUUUGAUUAAUACUUAAUACAAAUGUUUUGUAACAUGUCAAUCACGCAAUCAAAUAAAUU